ACGACCUUGACAUUGGGAUUACCGUCUUUCAAACUUGUUCGAGCCUUGUGUCGGUUGACUAAAUUUUCGCUGCUAGUCUUAUGCAUUAUCUUCAGGUGUCCUUACAAGAAACCUACAGACUUAACUAAAUCUGUCAAUUGGAUUAUUACCUAGUUCUGUCGUGUGUAUAUUGCCAACGAGAAUAAAAUGAGCAUAUACAAGCUGGCGACAGAAUUCGCUAUUUCAAAUGGGAUUCUAAAACAAGUUGAUGGAAAUCCAUCCAUUUUAUCAUGUACCUUGUCACCAUCUCCUAUGCCGGAAUUAUUACUUCGCCAAGCACAAGGAAUUCAGUGUGACUUCAAUUUACUUUAUCACAAAGCCGCGAUGGAUCAUGAAUUUUUGGAAAUGGUGCUAAAACCUAUUCUUCCCGUAGAUCCAUAUCUUCGAUCUUUAUGGGAUAUUUAUUUACGUACUAAAGGUAGUGAAAAUAGACAGAAAAUAGUUUUAGGACUUAAUCGAUCUGAUUAUAUGUUACAUCUUCAUGGAGAUUUAUGUGAAACAAAGAAGAAAUUCAUUACACAUCGACUACGAAACACAAAGGUGGCUGCAGAAUAUGAAAUAGAAACUCAGGACGGAGUGUGGGAUGGCUUGUCCCUGCGUCAAGUUGAAUUCAAUAUGAUAGCAUCAAGCUUUGGUGGCCUAGUGCAGCGCCUUAUUCCACAACAUCGCAUCUCCUUGUCUCUUCAAGGUUUAUCCAAGAACUUAGCUACUCGUGUGCCAGACUGCUUUCCUGCUGACAGGUUUUCUGAAGCCUUGAUAUUCGCAUGUAGAAUGUAUGUCGAAGAUUGUUCUAGAAGGAAAUUAGUCCCAACUAAAGUAUCCAUCCUCGUUGUAGUCGGUGAAAAUGAAGGAAAUAUUUAUGAUCAUCGAGCUUUAAUUGGUCAACUGUUGUUGAAAAAUCCUGAUAUUGGUGUUUUGUAUCGUUCGUUUAAUUCUCUGAAAACUGAGCUAAAGUUGGAUUCGGACUUCCGUUUAUUUGUGAAUGACGAAGAAAUAGCUGUUGUAUAUUUCAGAACUGGCUAUACUCCAGAUGCUUUUCCUGAUAAUGAAACAUGGGAUGUGAAAUAUCAACUUGAGAAAUCUUUAGCAAUUAAAUGUCCAUGCAUACAGUAUAUGCUUGCAAAUACGAAAAUUAUUCAAGCCGCUUUAUCUAAACCAAAAUAUUUGUCAAGAUUUUUUCAACCUAACAGUUCAAGUUAUCAGAAUGUUUUAUCUACUUUCGCCAAUCAAUAUACCUUAGACGCAGAGAUGGGAAUAUCUGACUCAACAGAAAUUCAACAAAUUAUUCAUGAGUGUAUGCUGAAACCAGAAAAUUAUGUCUUAAAACCACAAAGAGAAGGUGGAGGGAAUAACUAUUUUGGAGAGCAACUUGUGCAAAAGUUGAAGUCGAUUAUGAAUCAUGAUGAGAGAAAAGAUUACGUACUUAUGGAACGCAUACGUCCUUAUGUUUUUGAGAACCAAGUGUUAAAUUCCUUUUCAAAAUGUAAUGAACCAAAAGUUCAAGAAAUGGUCACUGAAUUGGGUAUUUUUGGUGCUAUUCUAGUGUGUGAUGACGCAAUUCACCUGAACGAAUUUUCUGGUCAUCUUCUACGUUCAAAACCACUAGAAUGUAAUGAAGGUGGGAUAGUAGCGGGAUUCGGUUGCCUGGAUUCACCAUAUAUCACAUGAUUCAGUUCAAAUCAAAUUUCUCUUUCUGCAGACAUUAUUUAUGGGCUGUUCUUGAUUUUAUAUCUUUAUUACUGAAAAUGCUAAUGUCUCUGAUUUUAAAUUAUUGAUAAGAUUACUGCUUAGAAGGUAUUUUACAAGAGGUAUAUUUUUAAUUAUCACUAAAUAAAUUGAUAAAGAUUUGUUUAGUAUCA